AUGCCUUCUCGUAAAGUUUCAUAUCGUAACACCUCUCCCGUCGCCUUUCCCUCCCGUCGCCUUUCCCCUUCCGUCGCCUUUCCUCUCCCGUCCCCUUUCCUCUCCCAUUGCCUUUCCUCUCCUGCCGCCCUUCCUUCUCUCCCGUCGCUCUCCUCUCCCGUCGCCUUUCUCUCUCGUCGCCCUUCUUCUCUCCCGUUGCUUUCCUCUCCCGUCGCCCUUCCUUCCUCCCGUCGCCUUUCCUCUCCCGUCACCCUUCCUUCCUCCCGUCGCCUUUCCUCUCCCGUCUCCCUUUCUCUCUCCCGUCACCCUUCCUUCCCUCCCGUUGCCUUUCUCUCCCGUCGCCCUUCCUCUCUUCCGUCGCCUAGCCUCUCUCCCGUCGCCUAUCCUCUCUCACGUCGCCCUUUCUCUCUCCCGUCGCCCUUUCUCUCCCGUCGCCCUUCAUCUCUCCUGUCGCCCUUUCUCUCUCCCGUCGCCCUUUCUCUCUCCCAUCGCCCUUUCUCUCCCGUCGCCCUUCAUCUCUCCCGUCGCUCUUCCUCUCUCUCGUCGCUCUUCCUCUCUUCCAUCGCCCUUCAUCUCUCCCGCCCCGUCACCCACCUCGGCGCCUUCGUGCUCGCCCCGAAAUGCCUGCCUGUCGCCCGUCCUCUCUCCCCUCCCAUCACCCACUCGGCGCCUUCGCGCUCGCCCCAAAAUGCCUGCUCCGCCUGCGCGUUCGCCCCGAAAUGCAUGCAUGUCGCCCCUCAUUUCUCCCCUCCCAACUACCAUUCCGCUAUUUUCGCUCACUCUGCUCUCUUCGUGCGUUCUUGUUUCCGUCUCCCUAUCCCUUUUUAA